AUGCUUUACGAAUUUAAAUUGGGACACUCUGCGGCAGAAGCCUGUCGUAACCUUAGCAGGACUUUUGGGUCAAACUGUCCUUGCGAAGGGACAGUGGAGCUCUGGCUUAAAAAAUUCGCUUCUAACGAUUUUGAUCUCGAAGAAAAACCGGGUCGCGGACGCAGGUCGUCGCUUGAUAAUGAAGAUCUGAAGAGAGCCGUGGAAGCAAAUCCGGAGACUAACACACGGACAUUAGCAGAAGACUUGGGCGUACAUCAUACUACAGUAGUUAGUCAUUUGGCAGAAAUGGGCAAGGUGAAGAAGAAGUCAAAGUGGGUGCCUCACAAGCUGACCGAAGAGCAGUGUCUGGCAGGUUACGGCACGGGUUCUAUCCUUUUGAUUUGGAAGAAACCAAAGAGGAGCAAUAAAGUCAAAUACGUUGCGAUGUUAGCUCUUCAUCCAGUCUCAAACUUUCAUGGACACUGCAUCAUACAACGAGAUAAGAGUUCUUUUUCGGAAGUUCAGCGCAAGAGGUUAUUGCCAACGCAUCUUGCCUCCUCAGUCCCACAAGAUCCUCCCGCUCCUCUCAGUUGGGGUUGUGAAGGCUUGGCGUCACGAGCUAUGUCCCCGGGUCAAAACCCGCAACAACAGUACGGAAAUAACAGUUACAGUACAAUGGCGCAGAACGGACAAGCACCUCCAAACAGAAACCCUUUCCAACAGUAUAGCUCUGGUCGACCAUCAGCGGGCAACAACAAUAUGUUCGGUUGUGGAAUGCGAAUGGGAGUGGACACGCGAACGCCGUACGGACCGCCACCAAGAGACGACACCCCCCUACAGGAUGGAACACCGUUAAGUUCGACCAACCUAUAUAUACGCGGCCUUAGCCCGAGCACGACCGAUGAAGAUCUCAGAAAGAUGUGUCAGCAGUAUGGAACAAUUACUUCAACGAAGGCUAUCAUGGACAAAGCAUUGAACCAAUGCAAAGGAUAUGGUUUUGUGGACUUCGAAAGUCGUGAAGCUGCUGCACGUGCAGUUGAGAUGUUGACGAAGAACGGAAUCCAGGCACAAAUGGCAAAACAGCUUCAGCAACAAGAACAAGACCCGACUAACCUCUACAUUGCUAAUCUGCCGCCGAACUUCAACGAACAGAUGCUGGAGAGUGCUCUAAGUCCUUAUGGAAUGGUUAUAUCUACUCGAAUAUUACGAAAUGCGGAUGGAAACUCUCGAGGUGUAGGAUUUGCUAGAAUGGACUCGAAGGAGAAGUGUGAGGAGAUUAUAGCCGCAUUAAAUGGGAAAUUGAUAGAAGGCAUGGAUCCAAAUGCUACGCCGCUGCUAGUGAAACAAGCUGAUACAGGAAGGAAAAAUACGCGCAAGAGAAGUGAUAUGGGAUUCGAGCUGGGGAUGUAUCCAAGCCAGCCAUUCACUAUGACUGCUCCUCAUGACUACAUGAGAAAUAUGGGAGGGAUGCCACAGAUGUAUCCGGCUCCAUAUGUGAAUUACAGCAUGGGUUACCCCCAACAGGUUCCCGGUUAUUCACCUUAUGACGUCAAUGCAAUGACAAGUCAGAUGGGUGGGAUGCAAAUUGGGGGAGGAGCACCUCCAUCCGCUCAGGAUAACGGUGGUUUGUACAUGCUGCCGCAGCAGGGAUAUUACGUCAACAGAAAGCAAUAUAGUGGUGCCGGACAGUAUGACGUCAUGCAAGGACCUUCUGGGAACGGAAACGCUCAGAUGGGUGCCAUGGGGCAUGGCGGACAGUACGCACAGCCCGGGGAUGAAGACCCAUACAGAAAGAUGAAUGGCGGCCAGGGUCAGCUUCAGUGA